AUGGAUCCCCAGCGGAGUCUUGAGGUCCGACCUGACGAGGCCCCGCGCCCAACCAGCACCGACCGCCCCUACAUCACUAUUCGACAUCCUGCCUACCCAAGCACCGCGCCGCCGCUACUGCAGUUCAGGGCCGUCGACCGCACUUGGGAGGGUAAGAAGCCCGUUCAUGCGUUUGACCAUGAUACCGCCCUCAUCGCCUGUGGCAUCGUCACCGGCAACACCUGGCCCAAUGGCUACCUCGGCCUCAAGAUACGCAGGAACAACACUUACCUAAAGCUCAUCGAGACCAGGGGCGAGGUGUUGCGGACCCACGAAGAGUAUUACUACUUCAUCAAUGACCGAACCCCCGCCACGUACAAAUACCCAGUCGUGCCAUCCUUUGACCACUGGCGCUUUCCCCACAACGAGCUCCCCAAGCCCUGGGCCGAGAUCUCCAUCUCGGGCCUGCCGCCAGAUUUCAACAGGCUUGGCGGGGCGGUUGGUGCCAUCGAGCGAGACUUGGGCGGCGAGAAAUGGACCGAGCAGAAUGCCCACGAGGUGGCCCGCCUGAUCCCGCAGAAACACGAGAAGUGGUUCCUCUUCAAUGACAUGCAAAACUAUCGCCGAAGUCCAAGACAUCUCCAGCCAAUGGACGAUCUUGGCAACUUGAUUUCACUCCGCCCCAAGAAGCUCCGGCUCUUCCAGACCUGCAUGUUCACAGUUGUGCCCCGAAAGAAGCGUCCCGACCGGGUCGCUCCCCUCGUGCUCCGCUGUUUCACUCCAGGCGACGGCGAUGAGUACAUCAGUCUCUACCACAAUCACUCCGCCGGUGUUAUCAUUGACAUGGCCAAGGAGUAUCUCUUUGCGCGCUUCGCCAUGCUCAUGUUCCGCAGCGAUACUAUGCCUUUCUUCCAGGGCGAGGGUGCGACUGCCGAGAAGAUGCUGGAUCCCAGAAUCACCUGGCGGGAUCCGGUUGUCCCCCAAGGUGAGAACGAGGACGGCGCUGAUUCGGCUCCAGAGGGUCCCCUCAACCGCAGAAAGAGAAAGCGGUCGGAUUCCAAUGAGGGCAACCAGGCUAAACGACACAAUGCGGAGAAGGAAAAUUGA